GUGACCACCCGCGGUCCUCGAGGGGGCGGAGCUUAUUUCAUCUGUCACUCUGUCAAUCAAAGAGCACUGGGAACAAAGAAGUGUAGCAAGUGGCGUUCUGUUCUCAUAGGCAGCCAGUUGUAGUUAUACGUUGAAGCGAAUGGAUAUAGUGAGAGCGAGAAAGGGGGAGAUAGAUUCAUGGUGAAAAGUCAUAAUAUGGAUAAUUUGAAAUCUUGUGUGAUCCAAGGAAUAGUGUAACUACAGUGCAAUACGUUAAUAUACCACGAAUUCAUGAGGGCUAGGAUUUAUUUGUGCUCACUGAUUUGGUCAAACUAUUUUCUAGUUCAAUGAAGGAGUUCUGUAUUUAUUCAGAAACCAUCGUGAUGGAAGUGAGAAAUCGAGGAUUUAUUUUAUCGUUUUUUUUGUAGCUGUGAUUGUUUUCUACUUGAAGUGGAAGAUACCUAUCUUAAACAAGCCUCCGAGACAAACAUCGUAUUUGUCCGAGGCUGGUCCACGGGAUAAUUUAGGUGUGGGGUCGUCGGGAAAAAAAUGAGCGGUCCGGAACACCAUGUCCAUGCUACAGCCGAUAAAGGCCUCAAAAUGAAGAUAAAACGAAAAAAUAUCGGAGUGAACAAAGCAGACAGCAAACACGAAAUCGUUAAAACGGAGGGCAAAGGUCAAAUUGUCGAUUCGGCUAAUACCACAAGCUCUGGUGCUUUAAACGGGAUGUCGGAUAAAUCUAAACAAUCAGCUACGUCGACAGACAAAGACAGGUCGCCCUAUAAAAGUAAAAACGCCCAUAAAAAGGAGAAAACAAAAGAUAAAGGCAGUAAAUGUAAUGAGUCGGGAAGUAAAGUGGCCAACGGAUCUAAUGGAUUAGAUGAAUUAUUCAGUAAGGUUACCAUGGAGCCAAAAAUAGGGGACGUGGCCCACGGAGUUAAAAAAGAAACCGAGUCCUUAUUGGACCCUUAUGAUUUUAAUACCGAAGAUGAUGGAAUCGCACUACCAACUAAAAAGGUUAAAACAGAAAAGGUUGAAAGUGCUAGUUCCCCAAUGCAGACGGAUUGUCAUAAUAUUGGAGUUGAGACAUGUACUGUCGGUGUGUCCACGGAACCAGAUUGUCUGGGACCGUGCGAACCGGGAACUUCCGUUAAUCUAGAAGGAAUUGUCUGGCAUGAAACAGAAAAUGGUGUUUUAGUAGUUAAUGUUACCUGGAGAGGUAAAACCUACGUCGGAACACUUCUUGAUGCCACGAAACACGACUGGGCACCACCAAGGUUCAACUGUGAUUCACCCGUCAGUGAUUUUGAGACGCGAACACCAAAAGGGCGUGGAAAAAGAAAUCGUGGACCCCCGGUUUGUCCCCCAGUAGUGGAAAAGGUGAUUAAUGAGGGUCGCAAACUUAGAAAAGGGCGCCGAGGCAGCACCGCUAACACAUUUCAAGCGCCACCUAGUCCAGCCAAAUCAGACGUGUCAACAAGUGGGGGAGUCAAACGUAAGGGCAGAUCAGCUGAUCUCGAAGUUAACACGGAAUUAUCAAGAGCUAAGAGGUGUAGAUCAAGCUCUCGCGGACCACCAACGCCAGCCCCGGAAGUAAACCUGACCCCUAAUAAAGAGGGAUUAAUAGAAUGCCCUGAACCAAAUUGUAGUAAAAAAUAUAAACAUAUGAACGGUUUACGUUAUCAUCAAACGCACGCCCAUCUUAACCCACUCGCUUCGUUAAACGCGGAGGAAGAUAUGGACGAUAAAUGUGACGAGGACGUAAAACCUGAGGUGUCGUCAAAGACAGAGAAAAAGGACUCAAAAUCUGAAGCAGCUGAAAAAACUUGCUCCAGAGUUACACGAGAACGUGAGAAUUCAAUUGAGGAUAACAUUCCACUUAAAGAAAUAGCAGCUAGUUGUCGAGCAAACGCCAAUCGUCGUUCUCCUGAAAAGACGAGUGAAAAGCACGAUAAACCUCAGGAGAAAAAUUCGGACAAACAGACUGAGAAAAGUGACAAAAAGUCUGAGAAGAAUUCCGAAAAAACAUCAGGGAAAAAUGAAGGACAUAAAAGUGAUAAAAAUGAUAAUACGAAACACGAAAGUACAAGUGGUAACAAACGAAAAGAAAAUGAAACUGUAGCUAGUGGCAACACAAGUGUAAAUACUUCCUCAAACUCUGUUACUCCUAGUGUUAAUUCAUCCGGUGCCAAUUCCGUAUCAAGCUCAGGAAAAUUAGCGUCAGUGCCAAGCCAGGUUUAUCAAAUAUCUGGUGCUCCUGUAGGAGGACUCGGUAGUACAGGAGGCGCCACUAAGGUGACUCAGUCGCGAACAUCUCUCGUAACGACGCCAGUAGUGACCUCUAGUGGAAGUUCUCCUAGCAACAAUCCUCAUCCUAUAACUGUUCCUGCCAUAUCGACACCUCCUCAUGCUGUAGAUUUCACCAAAUCAGAUAAAUCAUUGUUAGACAAGUCCAAAAAUAAAUCGGCCACACGUCCAAUCGUACCUGCUCCGUCGCCACAGAUGAUUGCGCUGACUAGCACCGUGUCUGUAUCACAUCCCAGUUUGUCACCUGUGUCCACGCAUGCACAGAUGUCGCCUUCAUUAAAACCCAUUCAGCCUAAACCCACAAUAAUGGGGGAACCGUCGCAUAUUAAUCCUGCUCUCGUUGGAUUCAAAGACAAAAAAUCGAAACCCAAGAAGAAAAAGGAAAAAGAUGGUUCUUCGAAUGGCGUCGCUAUAAAUAAUAAUAACAAUAACAAAUCACCUAGCUCUAAGGAUUCAAAUCGCGAGGAUCCCUCGAAGGGUGACCGACCUGCUGUGAUUAAAACUGCCUCAACUCCGUCCAGACCUGUUGAAAGAAAGGACAAACAGGCCAUGCCCAAUGAAAAUAUUAAAUCUGUUGUAGAUUUAACUCGUAAAAUGCCAAAUAUGGACAUCUCUAGAAACUCAAAUCAAGCAUUAACGUCAGGUAUCAACGUGCCAAAACCGGAACAGUCAGCUAAUCGAUUGUCCACACCUGCAAAUCUGCUCAAAGUUAAUUCUCCUUUACAAGUUUCCACGGAUAGAAAAACUCCAGUCACUGAUGAUGUACAGAGUCCAGCUUAUUCAGAUAUUUCUGAUGCUAAUGAAUCAAACGGCUCCCCACAGCAAGGUGAUAGUCCAAGUAAAAAGGAGAAUGCGUCGAAGAAAAGCGAACAAAGCACCAAUUCGCAACCACCUGCCCAUGAUGGUGGUAAUGUAGCUCAAUAUGGCAUGUAUAACUAUUACGGCCAAUCGCCAUACAUGCUGCAACAAAACGUUCCUUCCUCACAGCAUUUAUCCCCAAACACGGGAAAACCCCGGGACGGACCUUCUUCAUCAGCAGAAGAGAAGAAGCAGGCUGAAGAUUUAGCAAAGACUCCCAUAAAGGUGGAAGAAAAAGAAGAAAAUAAAAUUGUAAAGCCAGAAGGUGUCGGUGCCAUGCCGCCUCAGCAAAUGAACGAAUACCAGAUGCAGCAACAGAAAUGGUUCCAGCAGAUGUACGCCCAAAUACAGACACUGCCUCCACAUGCUCAGUAUCAAUAUUUAGCAGCUUAUGGAGGAUACAUGGAUCCCAGUUACCAGAUGCAUCCCAAUCUGAGGCAGCAGUACGAUAAAGCCAUGGAGGAUCAAAAACGAGCUCAGGAGCAACAAGGUGGCAGCAACAGCAGCAAGUCCGAGGGGGAAAGUAGCAAAAAAACAAACUCGCGUCCAGCCUCUAGAGAACACCCCAUGGAUCCCCAGUCUAGCAUGAAACUUCCCCAUCCACAUCUUCCAGUUCCUGUUGGAGCGAGUCCACAUGGCGGUCCAGAGAUGAAGAAACCUGGUGGUGAACGUCAAGGUGAUGUGCGUGACCAAUCGCUACGUGAGAAACAGAAUGAGAAUCAUCAGAUAAUGAAAGAGAAUAUCGAGUUGAAAUCCCAGAUGGACCGAAAUAAUCGCUACGAGUACGAUUACAGAAAACAGGAAGAAAUGCGACGGUACCAAAUGUUCCAACAACAAAAACUCAUCGAACAACAGCGAGUUGAAAAACGCAAACAGGAAAUGGCUGCCAGUAAACCCCCAGAAUUAACGAGUAAUGAAUCACCCGCAGGAAAAGUUCCAUUAAGCCGUCCACAAGAUCCAAUCAAAGUUGAGGAUAUAGUUAAGAGGGAGCAUGGUGAAUCGCGAGUGAAAGAUUUCCGGGACAAUAAUACUGGUAGCAGCAGUGGCAGUAAGAUCAACCCAGACAAUAAACCUGAGGAUAAAAAUAAAAUAGCGGAUAAAUUACGAAGUCCAGAUGGUAAUCCGAGGACACCGAAUCAUUCUAUGCCCCCUAACCACCCUUCUCCUGCUGGUCCGGGUAACAGUGCUCAGUCUCCCGGACAACAGGGUCCUAUGCCUUAUAAUACCUACAUGCAGUAUCCCGGAGCUUAUUUACAAUCCCCUCAUUACGGACAACUUGGACAGAUGCACUUUGAUCCCAAUCAAGCCAUGUAUCGUAAUAUGAACCCCCAUGUUUUAGGUUACGCUCCGUCCCCGUAUUUACACCCAGCUCAAAUGGGAGGACAAAUAAACUAUCGAGUUUCCGUAGAAACCGAGAAAGAAAAAGUGUUAGAGGGUAAAAGUGCUAGUGUUUCUGGAGAUUCGGAAAAACCAGUUGAUGGACAAUCUGGGUCCGCGUAUUUCGGAAAUAGUCAUAAAAUUCACGAAUUACAUGAAAAGGCCCGUCCCGGUUCCCAUAAUUCAUCUCCAGUUCCCCAAAAAUCAAUGGAUUCUUCACCUCAUCAAGGUCUGGAGAAAAAUCGGGAACAUUCCAGCUCUCCGCCGACCCAGCGACAUAUUCACACACAUCAUCAUACGCAUGUGGUUGGACCGUACCCUCUCGUUCACGGUGCAGCUCUACUUCCACCUCAAGCCUCACCUAGUAUCCCCCACAACUACAGCAACAAAUAAAUUAUAAUCUUACCAGACAACAGAUUCAUUCAUUUGUGUUGAAAGUGGAAUUUGGUGUUCCGAUAAUUACGUAUUUCUGACAGAAAGUGUGGAUUAUAUAUUACGAGAGAAACUGGAUACUUUUAGUUCUUAAUAUAUUAUUAUUAUUAUUAUUAACAGCUUAUACAGUGCUUCAAACAGAAUAUUGUGAUAUAAACUUUAAAAUGGAUAAAUUGCUGAACUCUCAUUCAGUAUUUUGGUUCAGUUAUUUAAUUUGUAAACAGAGUGUUGUUCAUAGUGUACAUUUGAACGAACGAACGAACAAGAGGAUUUGAUGUAUUAUUUUCAUUGAAAACUUUUCAUGUAUUUCUUGUGUUUUUUGAGUGAAAGCAAUCCGAGAAUAUAUGUGACGAAAAUGUGAAUAUUAUUUGUACAAAUGAAAAACAAUUGCUUUGAAUUUUUUUUAUACAAAAGCAAUAUAACAUUUAAAAUAUUUUAAUUUUGUGUUAUCUUAUGUGAUUCGUUUUGGCGCAAACUUGCCAUUUUAGUUUGCGGUGAAAUUUAUUUUCAUGUAUUAUAUGCCUGGAUUAUUUCGGUGCUAUGUUAUUCUAUUAAUAGGCCUACAAUAGUACGUGCAUUCUGGCUGACUAAUCGGUGAGAAUUUAGGACGAACAAGUGGCAAGAUUUAGCCCUUGCUUUAUUCGAUGUUCAAGAAGGACAAGAAAAAAUCAAAUUAGAUUCUGUGCGAGGUUGGCAUUAUUGGGAUAUUUGACGAGGUUUAGAAGUUUAAAGCUCGUCUUUGACGUGGCCGUCUCGCGGAGCUUGGAUGUAUUUUAAACAGACGAAAGAGAUUUGUGUGUUAUAGCGUUACAUAUUGCCCACAGCUCCCUCUGCUGGCAAACAUCUGCCUCGUUCACUUUUUAAUGAAACGAGGAAUGCGAGGAGAACUAAUAAAAGACUCGUGGUAAUUUUACCCGACCAAUUCCACCACAGGAUACGAAAACCAUUCAGGCAUUUGGCAUUUUACUGCCAUUUUUCUUCUCAGGUCAGAUUGCUAUUGGCAGAAAGGAAAAAUUUGUUUCGAGGAUAUUUUCUGGUCUCGGUAGUAUGCUGAUUAAAGCUUUACGAUAGGAUUCUUUUUUUUUUUUUUUUUUUUCCCCAACAACCUUCUUUCUCAACAUGCCAACAUGCCUAAGAGCAAUCUCUCGUUUUUACUGAAAACGUAAAUAAAUAGGAGAAAUCCUUCUUAAAUAAACUUCGUUAUAGUCACGUAUUACCUCUUGUGUCUAGAUCGUCAAGACGCUUUUUGUAUAGAACAUUAACAAUAGCAACUUCACACCUUGAGUCUGAAAUAUCAAGUCAUUAUUGAUUCACACCUGAGCCAGGAUUAUUUAAGAACUUUUAUGUAGCAUUGACCUUUUGUGCUGAACUUAAAGCCUUUAUCUUCCAGACCGUAUAAUCAUUUUUAUAUUGGCUGUGGAUAUUUUUUGUCUUGCUCAACAAGACAUACAUUGUAGUUCAGGAACAUGAGAGUACAAUCUAAUUUCAGCGAGUUCAUAUUCAGAUUUGAGGAAAAAAACAACCCAAAUAAAAAUAUCCUGUUAAAUAAUAAACUACUUUAUGUCAAAUUAAGUGGCUCAUAUCAGGAUAUCAUUCUUGCACCAGGAUCUGUAAAAAAACAAAAACCCCAAAAACAGUAACCUAAACAAUAUCCUUUAUUCAGUAUUCUCAAAAAAUACAUGUGCUUUAAAAAAAUUUAUGUUUUCUCCGGAAAUAGGCUAUCAUGAGGAAUGAAUACCCCAUAUAACAAUUUAUGCUGCCCCUCGAUAUCUAUAUGAACACCCUAAGACCAGUAUAUCCCCUCACCACCCCCAUCUAUAAGUCCAGUAUAUCCCCCCAUCACUCCCAUCUAUAAGUCCAGUAUAUCCCCCCCACCACACCAUCUAUAAGUCCAGUAUAACCCCCCCAUCUAUAAGUACACCCUAAGUCCAGUAUACCCCACCCCACCCCCCUUCCUGAAUGUAUAAUAAUUUUAAUGUGAAAGUGAAUACAUAUAUAAAAAUCCAUGGUAAAGUGUAAGAAUGAUUCCCAGUGUGUAAUUAUAUUUGUAAAUGAUGUAAAUCUAUUGGCAGCAGUAAUUAGAUAAUUAAUUGUUCGUUAGAUAAUUAAUCGUUAGUAUAUUUCAGUUAAAAGGGGGAAUAACUCUCUCGGUCGAUUUAGUUUAUUUAUAGGAUGAUAAGUUCUAAUGUUUCAAUUCAUAUUGUUUAUUGGAAUUGUUGAAUAUAGGCCCAGAAUUUUUCUGUAUUUUCUUGAAUAUCUUUUGGGGGAAUUAUUCACAAAAACUUGGGACGGAUUGAUAUAUAACCCAUUAAUUCUUGGUACGUGUAAAUAUUGAAGACUUCUUGUCCUUGAAGAGCAUUAGAGAAAAGUGAUAUAUUAAUUUCAGUAUAUCUCUUGAUAGAUUGAAACUGUCUAUAAACUACUGCUCUCUAGACCACCUCAAACUGUUCUUUGUAUUGUAGGACUGUGUACAUGUUCUUAGGAGCACUGUAUGGUCUAACAAGCAAUAAACUACUGCUCUCUAGACCACCCCAAACGAUUCUCCAUAUUGUAGGACUGUAUACAUGUUCUUAGGAGUACCGUAGGGGCUAACAAGCACUAGUUUCAGACAGUCCAACUGCUAAUGGGUUAAGGAUACUUGUAUAGUCAACCGGAUGGGGUAAAAAAACUGAGUUCCUGUGUGCACAUUGGCAUGCACGUAAAAGAUCCCUUGUUAGUUGGGAUUUGAUAUAAGAGUAGGUCGUAGCACUGCUGUUCGGGACAAUUUUUCCUGAUAGCACAGUGUAUGGCGUAUGCCCAUCUUCAUUAGCCCAGUUGGAUCCGAAAAGUAGAAAUUUAAACCCGAUUUCAGUUCAUUUCAGUCAAGGAUACUAUGAAUUCAUUGGUUGGAUUAGAGUUUAAAAUUCUUGUUUUGGUCCAAUAAAAUUGCAGUAUUCUUAAAGAAACUUAAAGUUUUUGUGAAUGAGUCUCCUAGGUUUUUAUUCAAUGAGAAUUAAACGGAAAUAUUUUUUGGGGGAUUCUGUGAUUUCAUUGGCUCAGAGUUCAAAUCAUAGCGCAUGUUUAAUCUCUUGUCAGCCAAUGAAAAUACAGUAUGAUAAAAUGAUUUUGAAAUGUUUAUGAGUUGGUGCCCAGUGUGUUGUAUGUACAUGUAUAUAUGUGUAUACUAUGUAAAUAUAUAUAUAUAUAUAAUGAUUUUGUUUUAUAUAAGAGAUGAUUUGAUUGGAGAGAAUGAGCGAUGUCGAUGUUUUAUAAUUUACUAUUGGACAAGGAACAAUGUUUUAAUUGUUGUGGUUUUUUUUUCUAUGAUGUGAAAGUGAGAUAGAAGAAAACGUGUAAAUAGUGUUGUGUAUGUAUGAAUGAUGAGUUACCGUGGUAACCAGGAAUAUAACUUUCACCAGGUAUAAAAGAUAUAGUCAUGAUUGAAGUUAUAGCUUAGUUAUAUACUUCAAGCUCCUAUGUUAUAAUAAAAUAAUACAUUUAUUACAUCA